CCCCAAUAGAAGCUAUCUUGUUCUUCUCCAACAAAAGAAUCUACCACCACUUCUCUCUCCUACUCAUGAACUCCAUGUCUUGCCAAACAACAUUCACAUGUCUUUGUUUCUUGUGAAAAAAAGAUAAAAUUAUUUUCAACUUUUUGCUUGGAGUUGCUUCUCCACUAACCACUGCUCCUCUUUAUCCACACCCCUAGAAUUCAUCAUCUUCUACUAGCAGCUAAAUGCUAAUGCUCUGAAAGAAAACCGAAGUUCUACCUCCUGCUGCUCAUAAAGAUCACAUUCGGACGCUUCCCACCAUUUUUUUUUUCCAAACUUGGCCAUGAAUCCCAUGACCCUCUUGCUCCUUUUGCCUUUGUUCACUCAGUUUUUGGAAGUUGAGCCUGCAAAACCCAAGCUUUCAGGGAAAACCAGGUUCCCCAUCUCACAAAUCAGUGUGAUGGGCUUUGUUUAUUGUGAUUUCUGCUCCAACAACAGCUUUUCCGGACACAGCUACUUUUUGCCAGGUGCUGAGGUAAAAGUAGACUGCAUGUUCAAAGCACUCUCAGAGAAAACUGCAGAACAGAUUUCACUUUCAGUUAACAGAACUACGAACAAGUAUGGGAUGUACAAGCUGGAAAUUCCUUCAGUGGAUGGUGUGAAAUGUGCAGAAGAUUCUGCAGUUGUGUCUUCAUGCCAAGCAAGCUUAAUAGGUAGCUCAUCCUCUGCUUGCAAUGUUCCUGGCUACAGAACCACUUCUAAUGUGAUUGCUAUCAAAGCAAGAAAAGCGAAUCUCUGCAUAUACAGCUUCAAUGCUUUAACUUUCAGACCAUCCAAGAGGGACAUCACCUUGUGUGGUAAUUAAAAGAACAAGCUUACACAAGUAGCCCUAGAGCUUGGUCACUUGUGUAUACAUACAAAUUUCAAGAAAAUAAAUGAAAAAAAAAAAAAAAACUCAUAUGUUCUCUUUUUGAAGCUCUUUUACUGCAUUAUUUGUCUGGUAAUACUGUUUUCAUGUUAGAGAGAGUAUCAUGGAAGUAGAGUUUGGAUGUGAGAGAUAGUUCCUUUUUGAUUUAUGCAGUUGAUUAGGUUUGUUAAAAUGUACUAGUAGAUGUAUAUUGUACAGAGCAUGUAAGUUGUUCAAGAAAGCAACCCAUGAAUAAACAAGUUAUUGUUAUGCAUAA